AGAGGCGGAGGGAGCACAAAAAAUGAAGGGGAGGGUAGAAACGAGAGAGAUAGAGAGAGUAAAUGAGUGAAGUGUGCAGAGACAGAGCUCUAUACACACACAGGCGAGUGGGGGUGAGAAGCACAGAGAAGCAUUCACGAGAGAGAGAGAGAGAGAGAGAGAGAGAGAGAGAGAGAGAGAGAGAGAGAGAGAGAGAGAGAGAACGGGUAAGAUAUAAAGUAAAAGGUAGAGAGACAGAGAAAGGAGGAGAGAGCUACAGAAAUUGUGUCAGGACACAGUGAAAGACAGAUUGAGAGAGAGUGUGCGUGAGAGAUAAAGGAGAGAACGAGUGUGAUAAAGAGUAAGUGAUUGAGAUGGAUUGGGUGAGAGACGCAGAGAGAGAGCGAGAGGGUAAGUGGUAGGGAGAGGAAGAGAGGGAAGAGAGUGAUAUAGAGUGAGUGAUAUAUAUAUAUAUAUACAUAGAGAGAGGAAGAGAGAGAGAUAAACAUAAGCAGACUGCAGACUCUGGUGCUGAACGAGAGAAAGGAGGGAGGGAACGAAGAGAGAAGCAUGUAAGAGAGAGAGAGAGAGAGAGAGAGGUGGGGGAAAGAAAUGAGCAGACAGAAGGAGAGGAGUGAACUGUCGGAAAGAGAGAUGGUCAGAGGACGGCAGAGUGGACGAGGAGAGUGUUGAGAAAGAGGAGAAAAGGCGGAACAGAAGGAGAACUGCUCGCCCACCACAUCCUUCUCCAUCAUUCUUGUCGCCGUGACGACGCUUCCCUCAAUCUUUCCCCUCCUCCACCCUUCUCUCCUUCUCCUCUCAUAGAAAGGGAUGCUUUCUCUCUCUCAUUCCUCCAUCCACAGCUGAAACAAUAUGGAUGAGUGAACGUGACUCUGAGGCUUCAUCACAGCAAAUACAUGGAUCAGCAUCAUCAUCAUCAUCACCAUCAUCAUCACUGGAAUUGACUGUUCUAGAUGCGCAGGAAAAGAAACUACCUAAGAGACUCCACAUCCAGCCUGCUAGGCAAACAAGCCUGGAACAGACUCUGGACAUACUCCUGGGACACUCCUGAACCUGUCACAUCGCUGAAGAGUGGACGCACACCCUUCCUCAGACACACACUCCUCUUGAGGAAUUCCAAGCAGUGUCAGACCUUCUAGAUCUUUCCUUUGUGUCAAGAACAUUCGCCCAAAAACGACACUGCUGAUCAUUUCCAGGAAGGGGUGGGUCUUCAGAGCUUCUGAGCUCAAUUUUGGAGGAGGAAGGAAGUCAUUUCAGUUGUGCCCCUGAGUUGGAUGUGUUACCCUGGCACAAACCGCUCUAGUUCCUUUUAGAAACUUCACAAGAAGUGAGAACAUAAACCUAAUAAGCUUGUGAUUUAGUCCUUAAAUGCCUUCUUCAAGGGAUUUUCUGUGUAGGUGCUAAUUGUAUCUCUAUAAAGUCUAUAAAGUAGGUAUUUAUGGUAUCAUCUUGAAUAUUAAGAAAUAUCUCAGUGGUUAAGUAUUUCUUGCUGUGCUGUGUUCGGCAUUCAUUUGUAAAACUGGAUAUAGAGUAUUAUUUUUGCUCAUAGAGAAUUAUUAAGUAAUAAUAACCAGGGUUUAAGUCAUCAAAUCAGUGGACAUUGCAACCUGCCAAACAUCGUGAACUACUGGAUAUUUAAAUCCACUGGACAUUCAAGCUACUAGACAUUGCACACUACUGGAUAUUGCAGACUUUUGGACAUUGCAAACUUCACAUUGGAACUUGCUUUACCUUCUUAUGAACUUUAACUUCAAGGAAUCUGAGCUCUAGAUCUACAGUCCUGAUCCAUCCAUGAGGAACUAGUGUGACUGCAAACUGUGCUUGACCAGCAACUUCAACAGAACAAUGGACAAAAGCAUCCGUCCAUAUGUUCCCUCCAAUGGCUGAGCGUCAUCCUCUGAGUAUACAGAAGACAUCAUCCAAAGGGCUGUGAGUGACACCACAAACACACACUCAAACUCCUGUAAAGACCACGCUUCACUUCUCGGAGCGAAUGUCCUGUCUGCGACGCCAGCCUGUGACCAUCCCAAUGGAUACCGUCAAGAUCAUCCAAUCUGAGAAAUUCCCCCGGGAGUGCCCAGUGCCAGUCACUCAGCCUCGUUUUGCACCUCCUCCACGGGUGGCCUGGGAUGGAGGAGGUGAAGGGGAAGUCAUUGUCAACCAAGCCUGUAGCGACUUGUCCCUGGAGGUCAAUGGAAACACUGUGGUCAAUCCACGGCCUAUGGUAUCCCCUCCAGCUCCUGUCUUGCGCCGGGAAGCUAGCUAUUUAGCUCAACGCAAGGCAAGCACCACCGAGAUAUGCUACCACCAGUUUCACUACAAGAUGGAUGACGUAAUCGUGAACCAGUACGUGCUUCGCUCUUCGUCCACUUCUUCCUCUUCUUCCUCCUCGACAUCCUCUGGGCCGGUGAUGCCAUGUGAACCACUGGACUGCCCAACUUGCGGACACAUGUACAACUUUGCAGGAAAGCGCCCCCGGAUCCUUUCCUGCCUGCACUCAGUGUGCGAGGAGUGCCUGCAGAUCCUGUAUGAGUCUUGCCCCAAGUACAAGUUCAUCUCUUGCCCCACGUGCCGCCGUGAGACCGUCCUCUUCACCGACUACGGCCUGGCCGCGCUGGCCAUCAACACCAGCAUCCUGAGCCGGCUGCCAUCUGACCCCGGAGGGACCGUGCAGUGGGGCGGAGAUGCCGACCGCAGCUGCUAUCAGACGGUGCGCCAGUACUGCCAAUCGGCAUGCACCUGCCACAUUGCCAACCCGCUCUCAUCCUGCGGCAUCAUGUAGAUCCAAAACGGACUAUUGAGUCGUACUGUUUGAGCCAAACCACAGAACUCAACCACCCCUAUCACCCUGCUUUUCCAAAGCUUUCUUCCUGUAGAUCCAAAAACAGCCCACCAGGUGGCACUGCUCGAGCCAAAACCAAGACCCUUCCCAUGACACUGUUUUUUCCCAAAGCUCUCCUUCUCUCCCAACAUCCUUUCACUUGCAGCAUAACGUAGGACUUUGUAAACUCCUGAACAAUGCAAAUUGCUGGACCAAAACAGGCCAUCAGAUGUGAAACAGGCCCUCAAUUGGCACUGUUUGAGCCAAAACCACUUCACGACCCUACUUCUCCAAAGUUAUCCUUCCUGUUGGAGCAUCAUCUAGAUCCAAAACAGUCCAUCAGGUGGUGCUGUUUGAGCCAAAAUGCCAAAACACAACCCCUCCUUGCUGUGACCAUGCUACUCCCAAGUCCUCUGUCUCACCCACAACAGAUGUAUCUAUAGAUCUAAUAGCACAGACGGUUGCUGUCUGGACUUUUAAGUGAAAAGGACACUUGUGCGCGGAGCCAAGAAAAAUGAAAUAUCAGAGUAAAUGUAUUUUAUGUACGAACUAAUUGACCCCUUCCCCAAACCCUGUUUCUCUUGUUUGGAUGUGUUUGUCAUUGACAUCUCUUCACAUGGGAAUGCCAAGGAGACUUUGUCUCCCCCCCCUCCUGGGUAAAGCAAAUAAAUUAAUUGAAAUGAA